UAACUAGUUUGCACGUUAUUAAUUAACCGGUUCGUGCGGAGCUUCAUUAGUCAUGGCCUCAUCUUCGGAGCAGUGCAGGUUUCUGGAUGACCUGAAGAGGAGCCGUGUCAGAAUCACUCUGUCCGACACACAGAUCAGCGGCGUGGUCCAGCGCAUCACUCAGAAGAAGACCGUGAUGUUAGAGGACGUAUCUGAAGUGAAAAGCGGACGCAAAUUUCCAGGCGUCAAGAUCAUUUUCGGACAUGAAAUUCUUAAAGUGGAAUUGAACCGUUCUGCCAAUCGAGACAAGCUUUUUAGUGAGGAGCACAAAUCGGAACUCCACUCGUUCAGGAAGAAGAUCGCAGAUGAUGAUGAUGGUGUAGAUGAGGGCAGUGUGAGUUAUGUGGUGAUAGAUGCGCUUCAUGAGAAGUUUGGCCCAGCAGUUAUGCACAUCCAACAACAAAAAGUCAUCGGAAUCGGUGCUGAUGUUUUUGGACAGAUUGCACAAGAGAGACUUUGCUGGCUGCAGGUUGCCACCAAGAAGAUAGUGUACCUGUUUGAUAUCCUCCUGCUCGGCGGGCAGGCGUUUAAAAACGGCCUGGGCAUGAUUCUGGAGAAUCCUCACGUCCUGAAGGUGCUGCAUGACUGCCGCUGCAUUGCCCGAUGCCUGAGAGCAGAGUUCAGAGUCAACCUCACCAACGUCUUUGACACACAGGUGGCUGAUCUCAUGCUCUUCUACAGCGAGACCGGAGGCUUUCUCCCGGACCGGGUCAGCUCUCUCCAGGAGGUGCUCCGGCUUCACCUCAAGCUCCCCGCCUCUGACCUGACACCUCUGUGCUCCAAAGAGCGCCACCGCAAGGAGUGUCCUGAGGUGUGGUACGUCCGUCCGUCUCCACCUGCCCUGAUGAACGUCAUGGCCGCUUCGGUCAGGCAUCUUCUCCCGCUGCGCCUCGUGCUUCUGGACGCUCUGAUGUCAGAUUACACCAUCCUGGUAGAUGCUUACAUGAGCAGCUACCACGACCAGUCUCUUCACAUUGAGCAGAGUGAGUGGACGCUCCCUGCAGAAGCGGAGGAGCUGCUGUGUGUGCGGCAGGAGCGGAUGGACUGGGCGGCUCGACGGUACUCUCUGACCGACGCCGGCCUGCUGAGACGCUCCAGCUUCAACACUCGCACCGACUCUGCGUCUGACAUCAGCUGAAACCUUGUCCAAAUAGCAGCAAGUUAAGUUAAAAACCUGUUUGAACUCUCUUCAGUCUGAUGUAGUUGAGCGCGUUUGUCAUAUUAUUACUUGCUAAAGAAAACAGAAUUUUUGUUUAUGUUCAGUUUGUUGGAAUUCAUAAGGCUCUGUUUCUUUACUCCGCUGUAACGUGUGAAGAGUAUUGUUGUGUUGCAUGUAAAGCUCUCACGUUGCUGCUGCUGGUUUGUUCAUAGUGUGAAGAAUUAAAAAGCCUGUUUUUGCUCCGUCGUCGUCUUUCAUUG